UGUGACGUACCUUGUCCUCAGCUUGAGGAACCUUGUCCUCAGUGUGAGGUACCUUGUCCUCAGCUUGAAGAACAUUGUCCGCAGCAUGAGGAACCUUGUCCUCUGUGUGAGGUACCUUGUCCUCAGGGUGAGGUACCUUGUCCUCAGUUUGAGGAAACUAGUGCUCAGUAAGAGGUACCUUGUCCUCAGCGUGAGGUACCUUCUCCUCAGCGUGAGGAGCCUUCUCCUCAGCGUGACAUACCUUGUCCUCAGCGUGAGGUACCUUGUACUCAGCGUGAGGAGCCUUGUCCUUAGCGUGAGGAACCUUGUUCUCUGUGUGAGGUACCUUGUCCUCACCUUGAGGAACAUUGUCCUCAGUGUGAGGUACCUAGUCCUCGACUUGAGGUACCUUUUCCUCAGUGUGAGGUACCUUGUACUGAGGACAAGGUACCUCACACUGAGGACAAGGUACCUUGCAGUGAGGACAAGGUACCUCACACUGAGGACAAGGUUCCUCACGCUGAGGACAAGGUUGCUCACGCUGAAGACAAGGUUCCUCACGCUGAGGACAAGGUUCCUCACGCUGAGGACAAGGUUCCUCACGCUGCGGACAAGGUACCUCACGUUGUGGACAAGGCACCUCACACUGAGGACAAGGUACCUCACACUGAGGACAAGGUACCUCACAGUGAGGACAAGGUACCUCACACUGAGGACAAGGUUCCUCACGCUGAGGACAAGGUUCCUCACGCUGAAGACAAGGUUCCUCACGCUGAGGACAAGUUUCCUCACGCUGAAGACAAGGUUCUUCACGCUUAGGACAAGCUUCCUCACGCUGCGGACAAGGUACCUCACGCUGAGGACAAGGUUCCUCACGUUGAGGACAAGAUUCUUCACGCUGUGGAAAAGGUUCCUCACGCUGAGGACAAGGUUCCUCACGCUGAGGACAAGGUUACUCACCCUGAGGACAAGGUACCUCACACUGAGGACAAGGUACCUCACGCUGAGACAAGGUUCCUCACGCUGCGGAGAAAGUACCUCACGUUGUGGACAAGGUACCUCACACUGAGGUCAAGGUACCUCACACUGAGGACAAGGUACCUCACAGUGAGGACAAGGUACCUCACACUGAGGACAAGGUUCCUCACGCUGAGGACAAGUUUCCUCACGCUGAAGACAAGGUUCUUCACGCUGAGGACAAGGUUCCUCACGCUGAGGACAAAGUUCCUCACGCUGAGGACAAGGUUCCUCACGCUGCGGACAAGGUACCUCACGUUGUGGACAAGGUACCUCACACUGAGGACAAGGUACCUCACACUGAGGACAAGGUACCUCACAGUGAGGACAAGGUACCUCACACUGAGGACAAGGUUCCUCACGCUGAGGACAAGAUUCCUCACGCUGAAGACAAGGUUCUUCACGCUGAGGACAAGUUUCCUCACGCUGAAGACAAGGUUCCUCACGCUGAGGACAAGGUUCCUCACGCUGAGGACAAGUUUCCUCACGCUGAGGAGAAGGUUCCUCACGCUAAGGACAAUGUUCCUCACCUGUGGACAAGGUUCCUCACGCUGAGGACAAGGUACCUCACACUGAGGACAAGGUUCCUCACCCUGAGGACAAGAUUCCUCACGCUGAGGACAAGCUUAGUCACCCUGAGGACAAGGUUCCUCAUGGUGAGGACACGGUUCCUUAUGCUGAGGAAAAGGAUCCUCACGCUGAGGACAAGGUUCCUCACGCUGAGGACAAGGUCCCUCAAGCUGAGGACAAGGUUCCUCAAGCUAAGGACAAGGUAUCUCACAGUGAGGACAAGGUACCUCACACUGAGGACAAGGUUCCUCACGCUGAUGACAAGGUUCCUCACGCUGAGGACAAGGUUCCUCACGCUGAGGACAAGGUUCCUCACGCUGAGGACAAGGUCCCUCAAGCUGAGGACAAGGACAAAUUCGCUGAGGACAAAGGACACGCUGAGGACAAGUUCGCUCUUAGGAAGAAAGCAUAA